UUACUAUUAAAUUAUUUUAGCACAUCUGUGCAACUUUCUACUCAGACAUCAGUCAUCAACUGUUGAGUAGUCAUUGGCCUUUUUAGUUGCUCAAUUUUAUCUUAUCGCACGUAGUAUGUAAGAAAUGUGAAGCAAAAUGAAAACAGCAUUGAUAACACGUACACAAUUCUACUCAAAUGAAGUAAGUAGAGUGAUGAUAAGGUGUGAUUUCUUGGUAGCAAGUGAAUAUCAGAAUGGUCAGAAUGGCUAAACGACGGAAAACGGUAGAUAUGUCUUUAGUACGAUAUUGGCCAUAAUGUAAUGUGGAGUGCGCGCAUUUUUGCUAAAAACCAAAAAAAAAACAUAAAAAAGGAAGAAAAAACAACAAAAUUCGAGCGUGUGUUGCAAAACGAAAGUGUUUCGUAAAAGCAGAAAAAAAACACAAACGAUAGCAUAAACGAUAAAGAAGGAACUGGAGAAACUACGUCAGUUAUUGAAGCUUACGUCUGCAGAAUAAGCAUUUUGAAAUUUUCGACUUUUUUUUCCUUUUUCGAAUAUAAAUAUAUUUCAUUGCAAUUUAAUGCUUUCAUGCAAAAUAAGUAGACAACGAAAAUGUUAGGCACCUUCAGUUCAGUGGCACCAUAUUUGAAAUUCAAUCCGAAAUAUGUGAUCACCGACAAUUUCGUAUUUAAAUUGCAUUAUCGCUGGUCAUUCAUUAUCCUGCUGGUGGCCACCAUUUUGGUUAGUUCGCGCCAAUAUUUUGGUGAACAUAUAAAAUGCAUAUCGGAUACAAUACCAGCGCAUGUGAUAAAUACCUAUUGCUUCUUUACGCCCACCUUUACGCUGGUGCGUCAUCUGAAUAAUAGCGCUUUGGAUAAAGGUAUCAUCUUUCAGCCUGGCAUUGGGCCAGAGCAGUCGCAAAAUGAGGAGAUAAAACGCCAUGCUUACUAUCAAUGGGUCCCUUUCGUACUCUUCGCUCAGGCGAUACUCUUCUAUAUACCACACAUUUUGUGGAAAUCAUUUGAAGGCGGUCGCAUUAAGGCACUCGUUUUCGGUUUGCGUAUGGUCGGUCUCACGCAAUAUAUAAAGAAUCAAAGUCUGCAGAUUGGCAAACUGAAUUUACCCUCCAUGGAGGAGGCGGAGUCGCGUGUCAAGAAUAUUCGUCGCGCCAUGAUCGAUCGUAUGCGCAUCAAUCAGUCGUGGGGCGCUCAACUUGUUCUUACAGAAAUUCUCAACUUUUUAAAUAUCUUUCUACAAAUUUAUAUAACCAAUCGUUUUCUGGGCGGCGCCUUCUACACUUUGGGUGUGAAAGUAAUUCAAGAGCGUUGGACAGAUAAAAUGGAUGCUCUUGAUGUGGUAUUUCCAAAAGUCACCAAGUGUCAUUUUCGUAAAUUUGGUCCAAGUGGCUCACUACAGAUGCAUGACACACUCUGCGUCAUGGCGUUAAAUAUUAUCAAUGAGAAAAUUUAUGCCAUUCUAUGGUUUUGGUAUCUGUUUGUUUUGGUGAUGACGAUAUGCGGAAUGGUUUGGCGUUUGUGUACAUUUCUUUGCUAUAAAAACGUUCGUUUUACAAAAUUCACCUUCUCUCACUUUGCAAAGUCUGGACGCAUCGACUACCAAGAAUUGGCGGCUGUUGUUGAAAAGUGCAAUUUCUCGAAUUGGAUGUUCUUAUUUUUUCUACGCAGCAAUCUCUCAGAGUUCAUAUUUAAACGCGUCAUUUUUCACUUGGCCAGCGAAUUGCCAAAUCCUGAGAAGGACAACAGCAUAAAUGAUUUUUUGGACAGAGAACAUUCAGCAGUUGCUGCUGGGCCCAGCGGCUUGGCGCCUACAAGUAGGCUAGAUGAUGUCGAUACACCUCUACUGGCCAACAGGGAUUGUGCUAAAAUGGAUUAGGAUUUGUAUUUAAUAUUGUCUUCUUCGAUUGGAACUAAAAAAAGCCUGACCGGCAAUUUAUUUUACUAAAGCUAGCAUUUAUUAAACUUGAUUUUUUUUAUUUAUUUGUACAAAAUUUUAUUUUACUUGCUUUCCAAUAAUUUAUGUCAAGCAAGUAAGUACUUAAAAGUC